UAUUGACUUCAGUUGUUUCUAGACCAUUCAGACAAGUGUUUCUCUACAACAUUUAACAUGAAUUUUCUCAUGUUUUACAUUGUUGCGAUAUUUUGCGCAUAUUUUCAGACAUCUGUCGGCUUCUUAUUGUUUGACGGAGAGAAAGUCUACCUCUUCAACGUUGAUUCCGAGUACAGACUUCAGCAGAAAAAUCCUAUUCGAAAUGUUGCCGAAAAAUCAUCCGCUCUCUUGUCAGUCCGCACAAAGCACAGCGAGUUGCUCUACAGUUUCAAGGGCACACGGGAAAAAAUGUUGCAACCGAAGAACGUGCCACCACUUGACAUCGCCACAAAAGAUUACAAACAAAAUUUAGAAGAUAAUGCUCUCGCAAUUCUAACGUACGAGUUGCGAUCGUAUCGUAAAUAUUUGCUAAAAACCGACACACCUCCAGUGAUGCUCAAGAAAAUCCGUCUGCCGAUGGGAACUUGCAAUGCCACAAUUGUCAUUGAGCGUCGCUCGCACUUGACGUCGCUGACGGCAACGGCUUCCGCGAAAAAUUGCCUGAUUUCGCGGAAAUUUAUGGCAGCACUGCGACUCGGGCACACCAGCAACACCGUAAUUGAUGACAUCCAGAACGAGCUGUUCAUCGAAUAUUCCAAUCGUGAGCGACAAAUUAAGGAAAUGAAAGUAACGUCUUUCGUCGACACGCACGUGAGAGACACCAAAAUCCACACGGUAAGGAAAGUGGCGAUGAAAUAUGUGGGAGCCGUACUCGGUAUCACAGACUGGGAGCAGGCGUUGUUGAUGACGGAACUUUCGAAAGAUCGACGAGCUUGAGAAAUUGUUUUUUUUUAUAUUUUUUUGUUUUUUUCUUGGUAAAUGGGAAAAUUGUAGUAAACAUUUUUUUUAUAUUUUUGGAUAUUGACGAUAAAAA